AUGCAAGAAACUCCCAGGGAGUUAACCAAUUCAGUACUCCUCACAGCUGCCAGAUGCAUGAGCUCAAUCGAAGACAGACCAAUUGACACUACACCAAUGAUAAUGGGUAAAACACCAGUGACCUGCAGUAGCCAGGGUGGCUUCUGUGCCAAAUUGCCCAUAGAGAACCUGCAUUCAAAGCCAGGUGGUGCCUGGACACAACAAGAUCUGAGGUGGCCUCCUAAAAUUGUAUCAGAGAUGAGCUGGUGUGAUCACUACCUCUACACACAGGGAACUGUAGAGCGCGACACUGAUUCCUCCUGCACUCUUGGGCGCUGCUCUGAGCAGCGUCACCCUUUACACCAGAAAGCUAGCGGGCGCUAUGGAGAAAAACAAAACAAGAAGAAAGUAGAGGAGGUACUAGAAGAAGAAGAAGAGGAAUAUGUGGUGGAAAAAGUUCUCGAUCGUCGGGUUGUAAAGGGCAAAGUGGAGUACCUCCUAAAGUGGAAAGGUUUCUCCGAUGAGGACAAUACAUGGGAGCCAGAAGAGAACCUGGAUUGUCCCGACCUCAUUGCUGAGUUUCUACAGUUACAGAAAACAACACAUGAGACAGAUAAAUCAGAGUGCGGCAAGCGUAAAGCUGAUUCGGAUUCUGAAGAUAAGGGAGAAGAGAGCAAACCAAAGAAGAAAAAAGAAGAGUCUGAAAAGCCACGGGGCUUUGCCCGGGGUUUGGAGCCGGAGCGGAUUAUUGGAGCUACAGGCUCCAGUGGAGAGUUCAUGUUCCUGAUGAAAUGGAAAAACUCUGAUGAGGCUGACCUGGUCCCUGCCAAGGAAGCCAAUGUUAAGUGCCCACAGGUUGUCAUAUCCUUCUAUGAGGAAAGGCUGACGUGGCAUUCCUACCCCUCAGAGGAUGAUGAUAAAAAAGAUGACAAGAAUUAACUCUUCUGAGUACCAGCCCCUGUCGCCUGUGACUGUGGGUUUAAGUGGGGAGGUUAGGAGUUCUACUUGUGUUGACACCAUAAAGGUGGCUUGAGAUGAUGUCCUUUGAAGAAACAGUCUAGUUUCUGUGCCCUGCAGCAGCCCAAGUGCUUUAAAGCCUUUCUAAGCUGUAUAGUUUGCAUACCCAUCCCAGUGGAGGGGAAAGGGGUAAGUGUUUCAAGGCAACCCAUUCUGCACUUUAUUGAGAAAAGCAAAGGGCCUUCUAUGAAGGACAAAAUUUGCAGAAUUGGGUGUGUGGGAAGGCAAAAAAUACUGUUGAUCUUCAAAGAGCAUCUCCUCAACCCACAGCCUUUCUUCCCAAUAGUGUUAAUUCUGCAUUUUUACAGCGUAGCAUGUGUGUAGUUACUGGUGUAUUAUUUGGGGUGGAGGGAUUGGGCAGGGAAGAAGGGAGAUGCAUAGGAUCAUUUUCUUUAAAAUUUGGGGCCUGACUGGGUGAAACAAUGGAAAGAACAAGCAACUAAUGAUUUGGUUCUAUGUCCAGAAUAUUUUACCUUAUUCAAAAAAAAAAAAAAAAA